UCAACAUAACUUCCUGUUUUCUGAUCCUUCCAAAUAUAUGCCAGAGUGCAGAUGUAUGUAAUUAACAUACCAUAACUGACAAGAUAGCAAAGCAAGAAAAAGGAACUGAGUUUUAGUUUGGAUCGGGUGGCAGGAAGUGAAACUCUCACACACUCACUCUCUCUGAGGUAAAAUGGCGCAGCAAGGAAUUCAGCUCGACCAGGACAAACUCUGCUGUUCGAUCUGUUUGGAUCUACUGAAAGAUCCUGUGACUAUUCCCUGCGGACACAACUACUGCAUGAACUGCAUCAAAUGCUUCUGGGAUAGAGGUGAUCUAAGGAAAAUCCCCUGCUGCCCUCAGUGCAGACAGACCUUCAUACCAAGACCUGCUCUGGUGAAAAACACCAUGUUGGCAGAGUUAGUGGAGGAGCUGAAGAAAAGUGGACUCCAAGCUCCUCCUGCUGAUCACUGCGAUGCUGGAUCUGAAGAUGUGACCUGUGAUUUUUGCAUUGGGGAAAAAAUGAAAGCUGUCAAGUCGUGUCUGCAGUGUCUGGUCUCUUACUGUGAGCAGCACCUCCAGCCUCACUAUGAAUCUCCUGCCUUUAAAAAACACAAGCUGGUGGACCCCUCCCAGAUGAGGAUUAUCUGCCCUCGCCACAAUGAGGUGAUGAAGAUAUUCUGCCGCACUGAUCAACAGUGCAUUUGUUAUCUGUGCUCCAUGGAUGAGCAUAAAGGUCACUGCACUGUCUCCGCUGAAGCAGAAAGGAAAGAGAGGCAGAAAGCACUUGGGGCAAGUCAUGAAAAACUCCAGCAGAGAAUCCAGGAGAGAGAGGAAGCCAAGAGAGUGUUUCAGCAGGAGGUGGAGGCCAUUAAUCACUCUGCUGAUAAAGCUGUGAGGUGCAGCGAGAAGAUUUUCACUGAACUGAUUAAAACGAUUGAGAAAAGAAGCUCUGAUGUGACCCAGCAGAUCAGACUUCAGCAAAAAACUGAGGUCAGUCGGGUUAAAGAGCUUCAGGAGAAGCUGCAGCAGGAGAUCUCUGAGCUGAGGAGGAGAAACACUGAGCUGGAGCAGCUUUUCCACACAGAGGACCCCACACAGUUUCUCUGCACUUACACCUCACUGUCACACAUCAACGAAUGGACAGAUUCACCGAGCAUCAACAUCCGUCCUCUGCGCUACUUUAAGGAUGUGACAGCAGCUGUGGCAAAAGCCAGGGAUAAAAUGCAGGAAAUUUUUAGUGAUGUUUAUACCAACAUCUCACAGACAGUGCGUGAAGUGGAUGUUUUACUGCCACAACCAGAUCCCAAAACAAGAGCUACAUUCUUACAGUAUUCCUGUCAGCUCACACUGGAUCAGAGCACGGCAAACUCAUUAUUGAUAUUGUCCGAAGGGAACAGGAAAGCAACAGGAAUGCCCACUUUGCUAGCGGCAGUGCAACUGGCAGUGGAUUUAUAUGCCAACAAACCAGAAUCACAUGCUUUCACUAACAGGUUUCAGGUGCUGAGCAGAGAGACUCUGACUGGACGUUGUUACUGGGAGGUGGAGUGGAGUGGAGGAGGGGUUACAGUGGCAGUCACAUACCGGGAUAUCAGCAGGAAGCAGCAAGAAGAAAGUGAAUUCGGACACAAUGACAAAUCCUGGGCUUUGCAAUGUGUCAACCAAAGAUGCUUUUUCAAACAUAACAAAAGAAAAACUCCCAUUUCAGUCUGCUGGCCGUCCAGAGUAGGAGUGUACCUGGAUCACAGAGCAGGCAUUCUGUCCUUCUACAGCGUCUCUGGCACCAUGACUCUCCUCCACAGAGUCCAGACCACAUUCACUCAGCCCCUCUGUGCCGGACUCGGACUAGAUAUGGGAUCCACUGCUAAGCUGUCUGACCUCAAAUAGACUGGAGUUAUUUAACAGCUGGUUGUUGAUGCUGCCUAUGGGGGUGCGCAAGGGGGAAAGUGGUGGCAGUCUGGUCUGAUCAGGGGGCAACAUGUGACCCCCUUUGCACGACAGGAGGUGGAUCUCUCUCCUGAGGGCUUCAGCUUGCUGCGACUGUUUUAUCACCAGGUCUUGGAGAUUCUGGAUAGCCUCCUGGUCUGUGCGUCUCCUGUAGUCCUGGAACUGUUGUCUGCCCUGGAUACAUUCACACAUAUAUAGAUUAUAGAGUAUAUGGGCAGAGUAACACAUGAUAGCAACAAAUAUUUUGUAUAUUUUGUACAAGUCUCUGGAUCUGAAUGAGAAAAGCAGAAGUGCAUAAUUAUAGCAGGAUUCGCUUUUUAUCCAGAACAAAAAGGAAAUAUUAACAUAUUAAAAGUAUUUAUGUUAAACAACACUAUUAAAAUAAACUGUACACCAGGUGACUGCAUUAUUUAUUUAUAUAUGUGUGUGUGACACCGUGGAUCCCAGGCUCAUCAGCCUUGCACAUUGUUCACCAUUUUCUUUUGGCUGGUGCUGAGUAUAAGCUGUAGCUCCUUCUUCUGUUCAUUCAGACUCGUUGCACUGCGGAGAUGCUCCGUAUUACACGUGGUCACCUCCAUCACAGCUUGACGUGCCUCUUCUACCUUAGCCUGAACACACACACACCCCAAGUAGAAGAUUAAAAAAAACUUAACCCGAAGUGGUUUUAAAAUGUUCACUUUGCAAAUGAUCAAAACAGCACAGAUGUAGACAUCUCGCACACACACAGACAAGCAUACAUCCCACUGUCUGAUCUCCUUGGCGUAUGCAGCUUCUUUGAGGAGUUUUUCCUGCUUCAGCUCCUCCAGCCUCCUGUUCCCCGACAGCAUCUGCAAAGCUUCCAAAUCCACGAGCCUCCCAAACUUUGUUCUCAUCAACUCGUUGCAUUGCUGCUCCAGUGCUGCACCAAGAUACAAGCAGGCACCCAACAGCACAGAUCAACAAACACAUGAUCAAAUCUACGCAUGAAGAAAGUCACAGGAAUGUUUUCUUGAAGCCAUGUGGCAAAUCCUGCAACACAAAUCUGUAUUUGUUUUCAUCUGCAUGUGUGUUUUCUUUUAAAGCUAAUGUCUACAUGUGACCUGUGAACUUCUCGUAUAUCUUUACACUUCAGCUCUUCCAUGUCAGAGACUCUUACUCUGGAUCGUGGCAGCCAUGUUUCUGUGGUCGUGGAUGAGCUUGGUGUGCUGCUGGCGAGCUUGACGGUGCAGAUCUUUCUGAUGGAGCUUUUCCCCCUGCAGCUGCUGGAUGCGCCCCUUCAGCCUGUCCAGCUCACUCUUGUCCAGCACCAACGCCUCGCUCAGAUCUGACGGCACUGAGCCAUUAACAACAUACUCAAUCUGGAAGACACAGGGUGAAAGUGGAAGGAAGGAGAAAACAAAAAGAAAAAGUUUAAGAACUUCUGUAAUAU